UCAGUCAUAGAAAUAAUAUUAUUGAUAAUACCCAGUUCGAGUUACUUAAAUCGAAGUAUAGCCGAAAUGCAGGCUGUUUGUGAGCCAGUGCAGCAGUACGGAAAUCGAAGCCAUCAAGCGGAGUGCAUUCCCCUGGGAAGAUAUCCCGCCUACGGCUCUGAUAUCGAUCCAGAGCAUAAUGACAAGGGUCUUGAAUUCAGCAAUGCCAGCAUCCGGCGGGGGUUCAUCCGGAAGGUGUACCUAAUCCUCUUGGCUCAACUGAUUACGUCAUUAGUGGUCAUCGUGAGUCUGAAUUUCAACAAGAACGUUCGAUUAACGGUGGCUGAAAACUCCUGGAUUUUCCUGCUGGCCAUGUUGAUAGUGUUUGUUUUAUUGGUGUCUCUGGCAUGUAAUGAGGAUCUACGUCGGAAGACACCAGGGAACUUCAUUAUUCUGGGGCUCUUAACCCUAGGUGAAUCCAUUUUAUUGGGCGUGGCAGCAUGUCGCUAUGCACCGAGUGAGAUUUUCAUGGCCGUAUCAAUAACAACAGCAGUUUGCGUGGGACUCACUCUAUUCGCUAUGCAGACCCGUUAUGACUUCACCAUGAUGGGUGGCAUGCUGGUGAGCUUCCUGAUUAUCCUGCUGCUCUUUGGGAUCAUAACGGUAUUCGUCGGCCAAGGUGUCAUGACCACUAUAUAUUGCGCUUUAAGUGCCAUGCUUUUCUCCGCUUACUUAGUUUACGACACCCAAUUGAUGAUGGGAGGCAAGCAUAGGUUCUCUAUCAGUCCCGAGGAAUACAUAUUCGCCGCUCUAAAUAUUUACCUGGAUGUGGUCAACAUAUUCCUGGAUGUUUUACAAAUUUUGGGAGGAUCCGAUGCUUAGAGCAUCCACACAAAUCCCAAAUACAUAGCAUACUUUCCGGCAUUUAUCAGAUUAUUCGCAUCACUGAUUAAAUGUCGAGAAUUAAUAAAUCAAAUUGUGCAGCAUCAAUUGAGCCGAUUAUUUAUGUUUCAGUUCAUAAACUACGAACAUUAUGGCACAACAGGUGCAAAGGCCAACAAAUACUCAACCCCCUUACCCACGCCCACCCCCCAAAUUCGAAUUGUCAAUUAAGUUAUUAGUUCGAGCAAUAAAACUGUCAAGGCCGUAACAACAUUAA